AUGGAGUUCACCAGGAUCGCCAUCGCCCUCGCCCUGCAGACCGCAGCUGUCUUGGCAGCCCCUCCCGUGUCCCCAGAGGACGCUGCAGUUAAUGCCGCGGUUCCCCAAGGAUGCUACGUCUGCUGCCUGGGACCACCCGCCGGUUGCGUGACUUGCUGCAACUAG